AUGGCACUCCCGGCUCAAAGGGCCAUCAUGAGCUAUGGCUCUAUCCUCGGCCUCGUCUUUGCUCUCUUCACGGCGUCCGCUCAAGCCAAGAUCAUCAACGACUGUCGUCUUAUUGACGAUGAUGGAUCGGACGUGGGCGAUGUAUCCAAGCUCAGCACAGAAAGAAUUGAAACCACAGGCUGGGUCGGUGAGCCGGAUACGCGAGGCUCCAUGACCAUCGUCACUACCUGUCUUGUCACAUUAGGCCUGUGCGUUUGGACGUCGAUACAUGUGAAUGUUCAGAUCAAUCAGCUACCCUUCUAUCGGCUUAGACAUAAGGUGACGACUUCUAUCACGGCGCUGCUAUUCCCUAACGUUGUGGUGCAAAGAGCCCAUGAUGAGUGGGCAGAGAUGACACGGCUGUAUGAGGCUUUGGCAAAUAUAAAACACAUACACGAGGCGACAAAGGCAGCGGUGGCAAAGGAAGCCACCGAGAAAUCAGGAAAAGAUGCGGUAACCCAGUUAGAACCAGUCCCGGUCGAGGGUCCGUCCCUGUGGAUGAGGUUCAAGAGAUGCAUUGGAAUGCUCCCAAAGGAUCCAAAUGCCAACCCCAACUAUCCCUUCAGCAAAGAGGUCUGUUUCUUUGUCGUUAUGAACGGUUUCAUUAGGAAAGAAGUGAGCGAGGAGAAGGACGAGAAAGGCAAUCCCCUGCCCAAUAUCAUCACCCCCGAAGACUUCUUCAACGCCUAUGCUAGAAACCCCGAAAAGUUCCCCGAGUUGAUCAAGGAGAAGGAGAUCCUCGACAAAGGCAACGCAAGUAACAUCGCAAAGCUCAUUAUCCUCGCACAGGUCACCAAACUCGUGUUGCAGAUGAUUGGCCGAAAGCUCAUGGGCCUGUCUGUCGCGGUGCUUGAGCUCCACAUAUUUGUCCACAUCCUCAUUGCUGGUCUACUCUACUCGUAUUGGUGGUAUAAGCAGCUAGACGUUAACGAACCUAUGGUACUCAAUAUUGGGGAGCGGUACUGGGCCCCGGACCGUAUGUGGUGUUAUUACUCGGACCAUGCUCUCCAGGCUACAGGAUGGUACCAACGCUUCAAGCAAAGACAGAACUCAUUACUACGGUUCGGGAUUCAAUACCCAGGCAAGGCACCUACAGACGAUAAGGUCAAGAUCCCGAUCACCGCUGCUCAUUGGCAUCAUGCGGUCAAACAGAUUGAUGCGAUGCGUUUCGAAGGUCGGACUGGGGCGCUAAAAACUGCCGACCCCCUUGACCCAUCAAAUCGCCCCCCGUCCCGAAUAAACCAUGAUCAGGAAACACGGCGGAAUGAAGCUACCACCGGAGACGCCCAGCCGGAUUCGAUCAUGACCGCGGAGCUGGCUCGUAGAGGCUCCUCUUCCUCCUCCUCCUCCUCCUCCUCCUCCUCCUCCUCCACCCCAAAGAAACGCGCUCUCGAGAAUCGACGUGGCUGUGCAGCUGUCCCCAAUACCCUUGAUGCAGUGGCCAAGUUUGAAAGAAAUAGACGUGCCAUGUGGUUCUACAUCGUUUACGCAGGCUUACACGCCAGUGUUUGGGGCAGGGAAUACUUUCCGACUUAUAUUGAAAAGUGGGUCUGGCGAGGCGCUUGCAUCGGGGUAGCGGGCGUGCCUGUAUUGGUUGUCGUGCUUGAAUACUUUAAAACUCUGUGGAAGAUGAGUCAUGAUCCAACCCGAUAUUCACGAUAUUCAAUCAGAAUUCUCGAUAUUAACAUUGCGGAGAAGGGCGGAAAGAGCGAAACGGCUGAGCAGAAGGAAGAGAAGAAAGGCAAGGAGAGUAUGUUGAGAAGGUUAUUCACUCUGAGAGGGCUUCUGGAGUUGGUAUAUCUCUUUGCAUCAGUUGCAUUGUUAGCAGAGUCAUUUGCCAUCCUCCGGCGGGAGGACUACAGGACAUAUGAGAUCAAGUCGUGGACCGCAGAGCUGCCCGGAGGCAGCUAA